CGAAGACCUUCCGCUCUUUUUUUGAGAAAUGAAAUCGGAAUAAAGGAAUAAAUCACGUCUCUUUUCAUCGUCACCGGUUCACCGCCAGUUCUCCAAGCCACAUCUCCAACUCUCCUCUCCUCCCCACGAUGAUUAAUGGAGCAUCGCCGUCUAUCCUCCUCACCAACAACACUAUACCACCGCUAGUUCUCCAAGCCAUAUCUCUGCCUUGUUCUUAUAUGGAUCAAGCAGAAAUAUAUGAUAUUCUUCCUACUACGAAGGUUUUGUUUUCUACCAUCCGAUGUAUGCUAGAUUUCGGAGGUUAAUCGGGUAUGUAUGACACAUCGGAUCAGAUGUAUCGCAUAUCAAAUCAUAUUUAUGUCAUAUUGGAGCAGAUUUAGGGUUGUCGUUAUUUCCCCAUGAAGAACACAAUCCCUAAUCAGUUGGUUUGCCACCUAGAAGCAUCAAUUCUUGCAUGGUGGAAGAUCAAAGGAGCUAUCUCUGAUGAGCUUUGUGUAAUUGAGGCUGACACAGCUGAAGGUUUUGAUGUAGGGGCAAUUCUGUCCAUUUCAAAAAGGUUCUGUGAAAUUAUCGAAGUCUUUGAUUUUGUUUCAGGUUCGAAAAUGAUCUUGGGUUCUGAUGGGUAGAAAGGCUGAGGAAGAGAAGUGUCUUCUUGCUGCAUAAAAGAUGUUCCUUAUUCAACAUUUUGAAAGAUAUUUUUGUUUUAAGUAUUGAUAAUAUUGUUGUAAAUUGUUGUAAGACAAGUUAAAUUUUAAUAUAAGC